ACGUCAUUUCUGUCUGUUGUGCCAGUAAUUGUCAAGGAAAAAAGUGUUUCCAGAUAGAAACUAAAUAUUUCAUAUUUCGCAUUCAGUCACGCGGAGGAACCUGUCUCUAGUAUGUUGUGUAUUUCAGCUGCCUUCUGUGCCCCGCUUAUGAUCAGAUAUGGCUUCCGCAAGGUCGCUUUCGGCGGAAGUGUUCUACUCUUCUUUUCCUGUAUCUCAUCGUCAUUGACAACCAGAGAUGACAUUAAGACAGUCACCACAUUCAUCACCAUGAAAGGUUUUUCUGUUGGUCUUCUUCGAUCUACUGGAGUCGUGGCAACAGUGGACUAUCUCAACACUCGCCCAACUCUCGCAAUUAUCAUCAGCUACUUUAGCUUCAUCAUCGGGUGUUUUAGUUAUCUAUUCAACUUCAUUCGCUCAACAAAAUGGCUUGAGAUACCUGCUAUAUUAGGACUUGUGGCUGCUUUGUUUCUACAAAAGAACUCACAGACCCAUGUGCAGAAUGUGACCAAGCUCUUCAAACAUCCACCGUUUUAUGUCCUGGUAUCGAUAACAGUUGUCUGUUCUAUGGGGAUGGCAAGCAUUUUGACAGCAGUCGUCAUCUUACCGCCUUAUAGAACGUGGACGAUCAUUGCGGUGUGCGGCUUCUUCGUUAUCGAGAUGAUCGUGCUGGUUGUUCUGUUGGUCAUCCGAAACUUCCUGACAGAGUGUCUGAAAAGGUCAGCUCUUUUAUCCAUGGGGCUAUCGGCCGUAGGUGUUGGCGUCGUUACCACUGCCCACAAGGUGACUCAUCCUGUUUUUUGGGGUGUCGGGAUUGGAUUUGCCUUUGUGCUCUCCCAAGUAAUGUUGCCAAUAGCGUUGAUCAGCACUACUGAAAGAAGCAGCCUGAAACUGGCCCUCCCACUCUUGAGCUGCUUUCAUUUGAUGGGAUUAGUUGGCGGUGUCAUUAUUGGAAACAUCCUUGAGGAUACAUCGUCAGGUACUGGAGCCAUGUAUUUCGAAGGAGUGUCUAUGAUCGUUGGCGGAGUUGGAGCCAUCAUUGCAUGGGUGUUGUUGAUAAGACGCGGGCCCCUUCCCAGUGAUGAGCCUGCCGAAAACAUCAACGAUGAGGAGGGAGAUGACGCUGGUGAUGGUGAGAGAGAGGACCAUGUCGAGGACCAUGUCGAGGACCAAGUCGAGGACCACGUCGAGGUGGAGGCUGAGUUCUCUCGCAAUUGAUACAUCCCUACAUGACCAAACUGGUGCUGUAGAGGUAGAUUGUUACACAACAGAAACACCAUAAAUAAGUAACUUUACGAUAUCCGAGGAGGAUUUCAAGUGUCUCCUCAAGCCUAGUUUGCAUUGCCUCUCACAAGACUCUUAGGAUUUUGUCUGUACAUUUGUUCUUUGACUUUUUCUAAUUUUGUCAAAGUGCCACUGAGCAUCUAUUGAUGGAUACUAGGCGCCAUAUAAAUCAGUUAUUAUUAUUAUUAUUAUUACAGUUUGGUCACAUAUAAUACAAAUUCAACGCAGGCGAAAUUGUGAAAAAUAACAAUGCAGAUCUAUUAUUCCUGGAGUUAUUAUUACAUUAGAAUUUGUCUUUCAAUACAAGUUUUUUAUGGUGCAGCUUUGAACUUUAUGCCUGUUAUAGAAAUGAUAAACAUGUCUGCCAAACACUUUCUGAAGUAGGUUGAAAUUAUAAAAACAGGAAGUAUUUCGAAAUGUUUGUAUUGCAUUCAUAACAAGUAUUUCAAAGGAUACGUGUGUUAUCAAAAGCGAUGUUAUCUUGUUAUGUAUAUAUCAUCUUCAGUUUCUGAAUAACACUAUCGGCUUCCUGCCAAGGGGCGGUGGGGUAGCCUAGUGGUUAAAGCGUUCGCUCGUCACGUCGAAGA